AUGGACUCUGCUAAUGACGCCAAUCACGGUCCAUCGCCGGACGUACCAAUUCCAGACACACGUUUACCACAUACGUUACCACAGUUGCCUCCGCCUGGAUCACAACCGUCUUCAUCACAGCCAUCAAACGCGCUGUCGUUUCUGGAAGGAUCCGCCGCUAAGCUGUUUCCGCUGCCUGCCUUCGAUGGCAAUCCAGAGGAUUGGCCUCUAUUUUACGCCAACUAUAUCGACACAACAGCUGAGUUUUCGUAUAACAACAGGCAAAAUCUUAUGCGCCUGCAGAAAGCGUUGCAGGGUAAUGCUAAGCGAGCAGUCACGUCGAUGCUCAUCUAUCCAGAUGAUGUUCCUAAAGUCAUGAAGGAACUGGAAUUUAAUUUUGGACGACAAUACUUGUUAAUACGAGCACAAUUGCAGAAAGUCCAGCAGUUCCCUAGCAUCCAUGAUAAUCGUUUGGACCAAGUCUUGGAGUUCUCAAAUCGUGUUCGUAACAUGGCAGCGUUCUUUAAGUCUGCCAAAUGCGAGCACCAUUUGUUGAACCCCACUCUACUGGAACAAUUAAUAUCAAAACUGCCACCGUCCAAACAGUUUGAGUGGAGCAAGUAUGCCGCCAACAUAUUGCCGUUUCCAACAGUGGAGAGCUUCGCAGACUGGCUGAGUGAUUUGGCCAAAGUCGUGUCGAUCAUGCCCGGAGUUGCAGACAUUUCGCUACGUCAUAGCCAACCGCCAUCGUCGACGAAACACAGCACAAACUACAGUCGUCAGUUAACAUCAGGCGCAGGUUCAGCACGGCGAAUGUUUCACAGCAGUGAAGAGCAGCCCGUAUGUUUUUGCUGCAGUCAGUCGCACCUCGUAACUAAUUGUUGCAAGUUUGAAUCGCUUGACUGUGCUGCAAAAUGGUCACUUGUCAAACAACAUCGUCUGUGUUUCGGUUGCCUACAAAAGGGUCAUGGUUUGUCUACAUGUCGCCGUCGUAAAACGUGUGAUAUCAAUGGCUGUAGGCGAAUGCAUCAUAAAUCACUGUAUCAAGAACUUCGUACAAACGUUGUGCCGCCCACCGAUGGAGAACGUAUCCUGAACUGCCACCAAGCCAAAGAAGCAAGCCUAUUUAAAAUACUACCUGUACUUUUAUUCGGUCCGCAUGGUAGUAUGUCAGUGUACGCCAUGAUCGAUGAAGGUUCAUCAGUGUCACUUCUUGAGGAAGAGGUUGCCGUACAAUUAGGGUUACGAGGUCGUACCAUGCCACUUACUUUACAGUGGUACGGUGACAACCAAACUACUGAGAGCUCGAGAAAAGUCUCAUGCGAAAUUCAAGGGGUAGGCAGUGGCCAUAGUUUCCCACUCAAAAAUCUGCGUACAAUAAAGGGUCUAUGUUUGCCGAGACAAUCACUUAACAAAUACAACUAUGCGCAUUUAAACGAAUUGCCAGUGCGUAGUUAUGACGAUGUAGUACCCGUGAUACUACUCGGAUUAGACAACUGCCAUUUGUGUGUGCCCAGUAAGACAGUCGAGGUUGGUUGCGAUCAACCAGUAGCUACUUAUACAAAGUUGGGAUGGGUGGUAUUUGGACCACAUCGCCAGGACGCCCGCACCAAUCCUAAAGUUUUUCAUGUACGUAAGUCAGACUCAUUGCUGCAUCUUAACAAGUUAGUUGAGGAGUAUUUUUCGAUUGAAAAUUUUGGGGUCAAAAGUAAGAUCGCCUUGGACACAGUCGAUAAUCAGCGCGCAAAGAAAUUACUCGCAGACACAACAAAAGAUCUCGGCCAGAGAUAUGAGGUUGGCUUAUUAUGGCGGGAUGACUCGGUUGACCUCCCAUGCAGCUAUGCAGCUGCGAAGCAACGUUUAGUAAAUAUUGAGACGCGCAUGAAGAAAGAUACAGCUUACGCCAACAGCUAUAAGAACGAAAUCGCGAAAUACCUCAACAAGGGAUACGCCCGACAAUUAACACCCGAAGAGGCCGCACAUAAUAAACCGACGACAUGGUACCUCCCGCACUUCGGUGUCGUUAACCCGCACAAGCCGGGAAAGAUCCGCAUCGUUUUUGACGCAGCCGCCGUUACAAAUUCCACAUCCCUAAACUCGGUCUUGCUGAAAGGGCCUGAACAAGCGCAACCACUUGUAGCCGUUACACAUAAAUUUCGCCAGGGAAUUAUCGCAGUAGCCGGAGACAUACAGGAGAUGUUCUCGCAAGUGAAGAUCAGAAACGCCGAUCAAGACUCACAAAGAUUUCUCUGGAGAGAUGGUAACCCCGAGGAACCCGUACGUACGUACGUCAUGUCGUCAAUGAUAUUUGGAGCCAUUUGCUCGCCUUGUUGUGCCGAGCACAUAAAAAACACAAACGCCGUCAAGUUCAAGUCCACGAUGCCGAGGGGAGUGCGUGCCGUAAUUAACAACACGUAUGUCGAUGACUUGGUCAUCAGUUUUGAUACCACCAAGGAAGCCAUUGAAGUCGCCAAUGAAGCUGUAAAAAUCAACGCCGCUGCAGGCUUCAGACUACGUAAUUUCAUUUCUAACGACAAAGAUGUUCAACGAAAGCUAAAUAGGGAAAAUGAUGCUGCCAGCUCAGAGGUCGUCAAGAUGGAACGCCAAUCUACAACCGAAAAAGUUCUGGGUAUGUACUGGAAUACCGCUAACGAUGCGCUAGAGUUUCAUUUUCAGUUCCACAAAAUCGCCCGUGAUGUACUCAAUGGUACGCGAAUUCCAACAAAACGAGAAUUGCUGGGCAUAACUAUGGCGAUGUACGAUCCCUUUGGCCUGUUGGCAAACGUCACCAUAUGCUUAAAAAUAUUAAUACAAUCGUUGUGGAAACUGCAAGUGGACUGGGAUGAAGCUGUGCCUCAGCCGUUAGUUGAACGAUGGUUAACGUGGUGGAGUAAUUUCCAAUCGGUGAAGAAUUUUGCGGUGCCUCGUUGUUAUUCGUCAAUCCUGCCUGUCGCCGAUGAAAUACAGCUGCAUAUCUUCGUUGACGCUAGCUCUUGUGCUUAUUCUGCUGUCGCGUAUCUCCGCGUAAGGAAAGGAAAUAAAGUCGACGUCGCUUUAGUAUGCGCGAAAUCAAGAUGCGCACCAUUGAAAGGUAUGACGAUACCACGCUUGGAGCUGCAAGCUGCCGUUUUGGGUUGCCGCUUAAAAGAAUCACUCGAAUGUUGCCACGAUUUCCGUGUAACCAGUACGACGUUUUGGAGCACAGCAAAACCGCCAUCGUUUGGAUACGUUCCACGAGUCGAAAUUACAAGCAGUUUGUCGCGUAUCGUGUAG